CUGCAGAGGCUGCGCAUGCGCCAACGAUGAUCCGUCCUCUCACAACAACCAUGGCAGCCAGCGGGACGCUGUACACUUACCCAGAGAACUUCAGGGCCUUCAAGGUCCUGAUAUCUGCCCAAUACAGUGGGUCUAAGGUCAAUGUUGACAGCAACUUUGUUUUUGGCGAGACCAACAAAUCUGAAGCCUUUUUGAAGAAGUUCCCGUUGGGCAAGGUGCCUGCCUUUGAGACCAGUGAUGGCAAGUGCAUCUUUGAGAGCAAUGCCAUUUCUUGGGCCGUUGCUAAUGAACAGCUUCGUGGCAAGUCUGCCAUGGACCAAGCUCAGAUUGUGUCCUGGAUGAACUUUGCUGACAAUGAAAUUUUACCAGCUUCUUGCACCUGGGUCUUCCCAUGCCUUGGCAUCAUGCAGUUCAACAAAGGUAACUCUGAGCGUGCCAAGGAGGACGUGAAAAAAGCACUGGGUGCCCUUAACACGCACCUUUUGCCCCGCACUUUCUUGGUUGGGGAGCGCAUCUCUCUAGCAGACAUCUCGGUGUGCUGCACCCUGCUGCACUUGUACCAGUAUGUCUUGGAACCAGCUUUCCGCAAGCCCUUCCAGAAUGUUAAUCGUUGGUUCACCACAAUGAUUAACCAACCCCAAGUAAAGGCUAUCAUUGGUGAUUUCAAACUGUGUGAAAAGAUGGCCCAGUUUGAUAACAAGAAAUUUGCUGAGGUUCAGGGCAAGAUGAAGCAGGGUGGUGGCGGUGAAAAGCAGGAGAAGAAGCCAAAGAAGGAGCAGCCAAAGAAGGAACAGCCUAAGAAAGAGAAAGAGCCUGCUGCAGAACCUCCAGCACCUAAGCCUAGGGAUCCUCUUGAUGCCCUCCCAGUUGGGUUGAAUGAGAGUAGUGCCCAGCUUGGGGAUGGACAGCCCAGCACAGAUGGAAGUGGGUUGACUCCAGAUCCCACUUUGGUUCCUUCAGUGGUUGAGAAGGUUUUAUUGGAGCAUAUUGAAAAUAUUCCUAACUUGGUAUUUUUUGACUUAGAAACUACUGGGUUUCAAGGGGAUAGUGACAUUGUCCAGCUGUCUGCUGUGAUUGGAGAGAAAAAAUUCAAUAAUUAUGUGUUACCUACUAAAAGUAUAUCAUGGCAGGCAUCUGAAAUUACAGGGCUGACUUUCAAGUCAGGAUCCUUGUACCAUCAUCAUGUGAAAGUCGAUGCUAAAAAUCCAGAAGUAGUAUUGCACUUGUUCCUCACUUGGCUUCAGUCUGUUUCACCUCUUGCUUUAGUGGCACACAAUUGUUAUAGAUUUGAUUCUAGUAGACUUUUGAAUGUUAUCAAGAGGUACAGAUUGGAAAGAGAUUUUGAAAAAUUAGUUGUGGGCUUUAUUGAUACUCUUCCCUUGUUCAGAAAGGCUUACCCAAACCUUGAAAAUCACAAACAGGAGACAUUGGUUACACACAUUCUUAAGGAAUCAUAUAAUGCACAUGAUGCUCUUGCUGAUGUACAAGCCUUACAGAAGCUAGUAAUUAAAUCUCAAAGUGAUCUGCAACUUACUCUGAAGGAUUACUCUUUUACAUACAAAUCAUUCGUUGCACUUAGGGAAUAUGAAGAGCAAGGAAGAAUUAAUUCACGGACAUUAGACCCACUUGUAGCUUCUAAUCACUUAUCUGUUGGUAUGGCAGAAACUAUUGGCAGAUCUGGAUUGUCUCUGAGAGAUCUAAAAUUGUCUGUUGCCAGUGGAGGCAGAGACCUAUUGCAACAGAUCUUGAGCCAACCAAAUCGGUUAGGAAAGCCUAGAGUCACGAAGAGCAGAUCUGUUGUAGAUAAAAUACAUAAUUUCUUCACAAGUAGGGUUGUGGAAACAGAUAAAUUGAAAUGUCAAUUUGCUAACUUAACAAUUUAACCUGAUAACUGCAGUAGAGUGAUUCGCCGAUCAAUCCUCCAAUGCGCAAAAAAACACGUACAGUACUGUACUUCAAGGAGGUUACGCGACAUCAAAAUUGCUAGGAGUAAAAUUCCUCAAAAAUAUAUGGAUGGCCCUCAAAAUACAGAUGGAGUAUGAAAUUUUCUAUAUUGCAAAACAAAACUGUUGUCAGUAGAAAUAAUGCAAGUUAUCUGCUCUAGUGAUAAAAUCACAAGUCAGGCACUUAGCAUUUUUCAUAAUACUAUUCGUGCCAUAUGAUGCAUCGUUGUUUUUACAGUUAGUGGCACAAGGCUAUGUGCUCAAUUUAUGUCCAUUAAAUGGUCACGUUUUCAUGUCACAAAAUAGUGACGUGCUCUCAUUCCUGGAGUAACUCCUGUAGGUGAUUUGCUUUUGGGUUUCAUAAUGGAGAGGAUGGAUGCAAAAAUAAGCAGUGAAACAAAUUGUCACAUUUGCCUGUAAACAGCCAACUCCAAUAUGUGGGAAAGUUGGGAUGUGCAUUAGUGAUGUUCUUUUCUGCUGCAAAAUAUAUUUUUUUGUAAGUGUGGAAAUUGCUUGUGUACAUAGAAAAUUUAUUCCAAAGUUCUUUAUAAUUUGUGAAAUUUUUUUAUGCAGAAAGUAUAGUAAGUAAAUAGAGGAAUACUUUUACACUUUGAGUUACUAUGCUUUUUAUUGUGAACACAGGCACUUUCAUUAUCAUUUGGAUAUACAGGCAUAUAUAUCUUUAAACUUCCAAAAGAAUUUAAUAAAUAAUGACUUAUAUUUUUAAGUAAUAAUGGUCAAAUGAAUGCGCAAUGAACAGGUUACAGCCUAUACGAGCUGUGCUUCAGUUCAAUGUUGUACCUUGUCCAUUGUAGUUAUAGUGUGUGACUGGGACACAGUCACACUUGCUUAUUUCUCCUAGUGGAUACUGUAUAGUGUUUGCCCUGCCUUCGCCACUAUUGAUUCAGCUUCUGCAAGGGAAAGGAAAGUGAUGUGCUAGUUAGAACAAAAGAGCUUUAUUUGAUAGUGCAAAGAGUGAGAGGUGGUGACUUGGAUUUUAUACCGCAAAUUUUUUCUUUUACCGUAGUUAUUAUACAUUACUGUAUGGUACAGUAUCAAUUAAUGAUGAAUAUUACAUCCCUGGGAACCAGCAUGGUGAUGCUAGGAUGUUCUGUCCAAUUGGCAAUUGAUGUGUGUAUGACCUUGUAGCAUAGAAGUAAGAUGGGAGAUGUACAAACAACAAAAACAAGUCAUUUGUCAUAUUGAUGCAGAUUACAUCAUAAAUAAUGUAUUAAUGAGGUUAUGCUCUAGCAUAUGUAAUAAGAUUUUUAAUGUAAACAUUUUGCUUUUGAUGUUACUACUGAUAGGGCUUUUAAAAUUUUAUACUCCAGAUGGAACAUGCCGUGAAUGGAGGUCCUCAAACAUGUUGGGUUGUGCAAUAUCGUGCCUUAGGUCAGAAAAUACCAUCCACCUCUAUUUUAUACAUUAUUUCAAGCCUGUUUAAAUCACAAUCUUGGGGGUGCUACAAUACCGCUCACAAUGUUUUAGUGUGGCAGCACUAACGCUGACUUGUUUUGAGCACGUGUGGCCGAACCCAUACACGCGCAGGGCUACCAAUGCGAGGAAUGCCUGGGGGGCUUUUUUAAGUACUUCGUUUGUAGUGUCAGUUUGUUUCACGCAGGAAAUGUAGCUGUAGUUUUUUACCGAGUGUACAGUACAGUGAACCCUCCAUUAACAAGCGGUUCAGUUUACGAGAUUUCAGCUAACGAGUUACCUCCUGUAAGGACUUUCAGUUCUAUUAACGACAGCCUUACGAGAAACACGUCUGGUGCGCGCUUCAGCUGACCGACUCGUCCGCCAAUAAUCGGUUAUAUUUUUAUCUUUGUUUCCAGUGGAGUAAGUAUUGAGAAAGUUGUGCUUUUGAAUAUGUUUGCAUUUUUACAUUAAAAUUAUUGGUCAUUCUGAAAUUUAGUUAACAUAAUGAUAAUAUAGUGCAGUGUUGGUUUAAGUAAAAACAUCUGGACCCGGAUUUUGGAAGAUUCAGACAAAAUUUUGGGGGUUCUCGGCUAAGAAGCAUUCCCAGAACAGGGUGAAGGUAGAUUUAGGCUUAGUUUUUAUCUUAUAAAAUGUCAGACUAAAAUUAGCAAAAUAUAACCUGUAUUGCUGGAAUCCUUGGAAAACAGCGAAUAAUUUGAAUAUGGGUAUAGACAUCAUAUAUUUUGCACAAGAGAUAAAAAUUGUAGUCCUAAAGCGAAGUACAUUUAAGUGCAAGUUUUUAAACUCGUAUUUUUGGGUAGAUAUACUUAACUUUCUUCAUUUAUUUUUACUCAUUUACAUGCACACACCAUCCUAAAUACAUAUUGUUAAUUCUAUUACUGGUAUACAGUACUUUGUCUGUACUUUUUAAUUAGUUUUAAGGGAAUUCUGUGAUAUGGAACCAUAAACCCAAUAUCCCAUUGAAAUAUUCAGUUUACGAGUGACUGUGGAACCAAUUGUGCUCGUUAAUGGAGGGACCACUGUAUUCAAUUGUGGACUAGAUUCUUACUCAAGUGAACAGAAAAUUGGGAGUAUUUGUGAAAAACCAGCUGUCAUAUAAAUUUGGUUAUUGAAGACUUCCAGGUAAGGAAAUGCCACAUUUAAGUGGUUGCCAGUGAGUUAUAAAUGGAUUAAGGUACUGUAGUAGAUUUUGAAAGCCCCGAGUCAUUGUACUUGCUUAUCUCAUGCUUAGUUUUAACUACGUAUAUUGAAGUGCUGAGUCCCGACAAAUUAUGAUCAAAAUAUAAUUUAGAGAAUUUUUUUCUUGGAUACUGUAUAGAAGUAUGCAUUUACUGUGCUGCAUUUAUAAAUUGGAUACAGCAUAAUUAAUAAUUGGGUAAAUAUUUCUGGGAAAAAAUAUUGAGAUUAACAAAAAAGUUUUAAUGUGUUCAUACUCUGAUAUUUGGUGCUAUAUCAUGUGAUAUCCUCUUGCAAUACCUGUAAUUCGUUUGAUAAAACCUUGAAUCAGUAUUAUGGUCCAAUAAAACCUUGAUUCAAUAUUACUACUACUGUUAAUAGUUUAUUUUUUAUAUUGAGAGUCUUUUUGUGCAUAUUAAUUUCCAUUGUUAACAUUAAUUGAAAAUGUAUUAUAUACAGUAUAUACAGCCAUCCCUUGGUUAUAGCGCACUUGGUUAUCAUGAUUUUCGUUAUCAUGCCUCCAUCAAAAUCUGCACACCUGCUGUUAUAGCGCAUUUUUCAGGCAGAGAAUUUGGUUAUCUCGCAGUUGCCUCCAGGUUUACGAGGUCUGUCCGGAAAGUAUCCAGCCAUUUACUAUUAAAAAAAAUUUUGCUUACCUAGGACAAUGGCACCUUAGUCCCCUUCAAAGUACUCCCCUUGGGACCUCACACACUUCUCCCAGCAUCCCUUCCACUUUUCAAAACAGUCUGUAAAGUCCUCUUUCGGGAUCUUCAUCAGCUGCCUCGUCGCAUUCUCCUUAAUCUCAUCCACGGUCUGAAAUCUCUUCCCUUUCAACGGCGAUUUUAGCUUUGAGAAAAGCCAGAAGUCGCAGGGAGCCAAAUUUGGGCUGUAGGGGGGCUGAGAGACCUGGGUGAUACGAUGUUUUGCCAAAAAAAACCCAGCAUGAGACGUGAAGAAUGG